CUUCAUUAUUUAGAUUAGGGCACCAAAGAAGAUAAUUAUAUCGAGUGAAAAUCACCCGGAAUCACAAAGAACAAACAUGCAAUCCCAAGGGCACAUUGACCCCACGUGUUUUGGCAAUGAGCCUGUCCGAGACAAACCGACUGUACGUCGCCAAAGCUCAAGAACAGAAAAUCGUGUUGGGACAAAUACAUGGUGUACAUGCGGGAAUUGCAUGCCAAUGAAGACAGAAGAAGAAUCCUACUGUUGCAUGGAGCUAUCAAACAAGAAAUAUCUACAAGACGGUUGCAUCUGCCAUAGCAGAAAAUUUAGAAGACAAUGUCUAAAAAAAACCCAUCUUGAAUUUUUGCUAACUUUUUGGAACCUGCAAGGCCCCACAAAUGAAAUAAGCUGCAAAAACAGAAAAUUAAGACAGACUGCAUAUCGGUCAUUUAUCGCCUGGAUUUAUGGCUACUUAGGCCGCAACAAUAGGAAACCUAUACCGGCCUGUGUAGUCCAGAAAGUGCGCAACACUUUCCCAGACCCUGAAGGACGUUACAGGGGAUUUUUGCGGCCAUUUGAUUUUAAUGCUUUUGAUAUGGCUUUGGGGUGAUCAUUGUUUUUAUUGCUUGUUUAUUUUUCAA